ACUUUCAGCUGCCGCCUUUCUCCCUUCUUUUGCCGGCCUAGAACGAUGCACAAUACAUACUCUACCGUCCCUACAGACCAAUAUACAUUUGCUGUUUCUGGCCUACUCUGAAAGAUAUCCACUUUACUCCUGCUCCUGCACUUAUCUAUAACUAAUGAUCUGUCUGCUUCUUUCAUGGAGGUACUAUUCUGUCUUAUCGAUCAACCACAGACCACGAACCCCGGAGAUCGGCCCCGUCGGCGGGGUCGACCAACCAAACCCUCGGCUUCCCCAGGACGAUCGGCUUGCCGAGUUUCACCCCCGCUUCUCCCCCACCUGGAAGACGCCAGGAACUGUUCGCUAACAGCCCUUAAAUACGAGCAAUGCUCCUGCGUAAUCAUGGAGUUCUUGGGGAAGUGCACAUAUUCCUCUUCAGCUCAACUCACUCAUUAAUCAUUCGAUCUCAUUUGGCGGAACCAUGACGCAACCAGAGUCAACCCUCCAAAGCGCAAUUCUCCAUCGAGACACUCGGCGUGUCCCCAAAAAGGCCAUCGGCGGCAAAGGCUGCUACAUCUUCCUCGAAGAUGGGACCAAGUUCCUCGACUCGACCGGAGGCGCAGCCGUCGCAUGUCUCGGCCACGGCCACGAGGAAGUCCAGCAGGCCAUCACCGACCAAUUGAGCAAGCUCUCCUACUGCCACUCCGCCUUUUUCGGCACUUCAGUCUCCGAGGAAUUGGGCCAGUUCCUGACGGAGUCAACGGGAGGCCAGCUGUCGAAACUCUUUGUAGCGAGCUCCGGCUCCGAAGUAGUGGAAGCAGGUCUCAAGCUUGCUCGCCAAUACUUUCUCGAGCUCCCCACCCCACAACCGCAGCGCACGCGCUUCAUCUCCCGCAAGCCCUCCUACCACGGGACGACGCUGGCCACCCUCUCCAUCGGCGGCCACACCAGCCGCAGACAACCCUUCGAGCCCCUCUUCGCGGACAACACCUCCCACGUCUCCCCCUGCUACCCCUACCGCGGCAAGUACACCGGCGAGACCGACGACGAGUACGUCGCGCGGCUAGGCGAGGAACUAGACGCGGAGUUCAAGCGUCUGGGACCGGAUACCGUCUGCGCAUUUGUCAUGGAAACUGUCGUUGGAGCUAGCCUAGGCGCCGUCCCCCCUCUCCCCAACUACCUCCGCACCAUCAAAUCCAUCGUCCACAAACACGGCGCCCUCCUCAUCCUCGACGAAAUCAUGAGCGGCAUGGGCCGCUGCGGCACGCUCCACGCCUGGCAAGCCGAAGGAGACGGCGACGACGUCAUCCCCGACCUCCAAACCAUCGGCAAAGGUUUCGGCGGCGGCUACGCACCCGUCUCAGGCCUGCUCAUCCACGAGAAGAUCGUGAGGGUCCUCGACCGCGGCUCCGGGGUGUUCCGGCACGGGCAGACCUACCAAGGCCAUCCGGUGGGAUGUGCGGCGGCGCUGGCGGUGCAGAAGAUCAUCCGGCGCGACAAUCUGCUGGAGAACGUGAACCAGAUGGGGGCGUAUCUGGGGAAAGAGCUUACGGCGCGGGUUGGGGGGCAUGCGAACGUUGGAGAGGUGAGGGGGAGGGGGUUGUUUUGGGGGAUCGAGUUUGUGAAGGAUCGAACGACUAAGGAGCCGUUUGAGCCUUCGGUGGGCGUGGCGGGGUUGAUGCAGGAGACGGGGAUGGAGAGGAGGUUUGGGAUCUCGUUGUAUGCGGGGACUGGGACGGCGGACGGGGUGAGAGGGGAUCAUGUCUUGUUGGCGCCGCCGUAUACUGUUACCAAGGAGGAAGUGGAUUUGAUUGUGCAGAAGACUGGCGAGGUGAUUGAUGAGGUUUUUGGGAGGUUGAUGGCUGAGGGGAGGGUUUGA